AUGUCGAAUAUUGAUGAUGGUGGUAAGAUAUGGGUAUGUUGGAGGGAUGACUUGAAUAUGGAUUUGGUUAGUGUUACUAACCAAUCGAUUACUUGUCUGUUUUCAAGAGAUGGAAGUAUGGUUUUAUCAACAUUUAUAUAUGCUAAAUGUCUUAUGGUGGAUCGGAGGCAACUUUGGGAUCAUCUGUGCAGUUUUUCUUGUCCUAAUAUCUCGUGGAUGGUGUGUGGCGAUUUUAAUAUUAUUAGAGCUGAUGAUGAACGUGCAGGUGGGCUCCCAAGAUCAAGAAGUGCUAUGAAUGAAUUUAACCUUUGUAUUAAUUCUUGUGGCUUGUUGGAUUGGAAAAUUGAAGGGAAGCAAUUCUCUUGGUGUAAUGGGCAGGAAGGUAUGGCGAGGAGUUGGGCUAAACUUGAUCGAAUGCUUGUCAAUAAUGAAUUUGCGUUAAAAUUCGAGACUACCUCAGCUCAUUUUUUGGAGAGAAGAACUUCAGAUCAUGCCCCUCUCUUGGUACAAUUUGCGGAUAACUUUACUAGGUAUGGUCCGAUGCCUUUUCAUUUUCAAAAUAUGUGGGUAGCUCAUGACGAAUUCCUUAAGAUUGUGGAGAGUUCUUGGAAAGAACCGUUUCCUAGAAAUGGAUUAUUGGUAUUGGCCGGAAAAUUAAAGAGAUUGAAAGUGACAUUAAAAAGAUGGAAUAAAGAGGUUUUUGGUAGAAUGGAGGGGACAAUUAGAGAAUUAGAAGAAAGAGUGGAGGUGCUAGAUGUUGAGCUUCAAAACCAAUACACGAGGAAACUUGAAUGUGAUUUUCUUGAAGCUAGUAACGAGCUGGAUCAGUGGGUACAAAGGGAGGACACUCGAUUACGGCAGCAGGCUAAACAAAGAUGGAUGGAGGAAGGUGAUCAGAACACAAAGUACUUUCAUGUCGUAAUUGCACAAAGAAGGCGAAAUGCUAUGGUGAAGAACAUGAAACUUUCUGGUGGUAGGCUUCUUGAGUCACCUGUAGAAAUACAUGAAGAAGCUACAAGGUAUUUUGAAAGGUUUUUGUCUGAAGAAGAGAAUUUGGAGUUGCCUGAUUUAUCUACAUUAAUUAGCUCUGUGGUGGGUAAAAAUGAGGAAAGGUUCCUGAGGAAGCCACCAUCAGAUCAAGAGAUUUAUGAAGCAUUACUUUCUAUUCCAAAAGAUUCAAGUCCGGGGCCAGAUGGUUUCAGUUCGCAAUUUUAUUUGACAUGCUGGGAGAUAGUUCGCAUGGAACUCAGCAAUGCAGUUAUGGAAUUUUUUCAAGGUAUGGAAUUACCAAGAUUUUAUACAACGUCUUUUAUUGUUUUGAUCCCAAAGGUGAAGGAUGCUACAAGUUUUGAUAAAUUUCGGCCGAUUAGUUUGUGUAACGUGAUCUAUAAAGUGUUUGCAAAGUUGAUUGUGAAUAGAUUAGCAAUGGUGCUGGAUAGAAUGAUAUCGCCGGAGCAGGGGGCGUUUGUAAAAGGUCGAAGUAUUUUUCAAAACAUUUCCCUUUCUCAGGAAAUGUUAAAAUUAUUACAUCGGAAUGCACGGGGUGGAAAUGUCUUUAUAAAAAUUGAUAUGUCAAAAGCGUAUGAUAGGGUAAAUUGGAAGUUCUUAAUGCAUGUGUUGUCUAGCUUUGGAGUGCCGGGAGAUUUUUUUGAUUUGAUUAAAAACUGUGUUACAACGCCGUGGUUUUCAAUAAUGUUGAAUGGGACCUUUAAAGGUUUUUUCAAGUCAAAGAGAGGGCUUAGACAGGGGGAUCCGCUUUCGCCAUAUUUAUUUAUAAUUAUGGAGGAGGUUCUCUCAAAGAUGAUAAAAGGAAAAGUGGCUGAAAAGAAGAUACAACUUUUCUCUCAUCCGGGUGAGUUCCCUUGUAAAUAUUUGGGAGCUCCAAUUGUAGAUGGAAGACUGAAAGCCAGGCAUUUAGACUAUUUAGUAGCGAAGGUUCAAAACAAAUUGGAAGGAUGGAAGAGCCGACUCUUGUCACAAGGAGGUAGGCUCAUCCUUUUGAGACAUGUGUUAUCAAGUAUGCCGAUUCACCUGUUAUCAGUAAUUCAAAAGCCAGCAUCUGUGAUUAAGAAGCUAAAUAGUUUAUUUUCUGGUUUUUUCUGGGGAGAUAAAAAUGGUAAAGUUAAAAGAAGAUGGAAGGCAUGGAAUCAUAUGUGUGGUCCGGUGGAGGAGGGAGGGAUUGGUGUCAGGAAGUUGGGGGAAGUGCAAAGAUCUUUGUUUCAUAAAUUUAGGUGGCAGCUGUUGACUGAGGACAGUUUAUGGGCAAACUUCUUUCGGGCUAAAUAUGUGAAGAAUAAACAAAUGUGUUUGUGGUUGGGGAGAACAUCAGGUUCCAAUUUUUGGUGUAAAGUUGUGGAGGGAAUUCCUUUUAUCAUAGGAAACUCAAAGUGGAAGGUGCAUGAGGGGGAUCUGUCAUUUUGGUAUGAUAAGUUCCUAAAUGAAGGCAUGUUAUGUGAUCUUGUACAACAGGUAGAGUAUCCUGAUAUUAGAAUUAGAGAGUUGGUGAUUAAUGAUCUAUGGGACAUUGGCAAGUUGCAAGAAAUGAUUGGUAAUCGGUUGGGGACAGAUGUUAUGGAGACUAUUGGGAAUUUGAAAAAUAAGAAGGAUGUGUUAAUUUGGCUUCCAAAUAAAAAUGGUCUUUUCUCAACAACGUCAGCAUGGGAUAUGCUUCGAGUUAAGGGUCAAGUUGAAGACUUGGAUCAUGUGCUUGGAAGUGGGCAGUUUGCAAGGUCUGUGUGGUGCAAGGUAUCGGCUGAAUUAGACAUUCCGUUUGUGCCUCAGCAACGUUGGAGAGAAAGGAGAAGAGCGCCGAGAAUUGUGAAGUUGACUGCGCCUAGUCUGAGAAGAUUUAAGCUAAAUAUAGAUGGCAGUAAUUUAGGUAAUCCUGGAGAAGGAGGUGGUGGUGGUAUAUUGAGGGAUGAUACUGGUAUGUUGAGGGAAGCUAAUAGUGUUGCUGAUCUGUUAGCAAAAGAAGGUGCAACAGGGGUGAAUAAGGUAGUCCGAAAUGUUGGUCUGUUGGAUGUAAAAAUGAGAGGUCUAUACAGAUUAGAUAAAUCAGCAAAUUGCUUGAUCAGUGGAAUUCUUCCAAACAGGUUGUUGAAUGAAAGGUUGAGGACUGACAGAAAAAUAAGACCAUCUGCGAGUUGCAAAGGGAUCACCCCUGUAGGCUCAUUGCUCGACAGGUCUAGUGACUCAAGAUGGCUCACCUUUCCCAAAGAUGAUGGGAUUUGGCCAGUGAAGACAUUAUUUGACAAGUUGAGAACAUAUAACAAUUUGAGUACUCCCAAUUCUUCAGGAAUAGGCCCAACGAGAUUGUUGCAUGAAAAGUCAAUAUAA